UGCGCCACCUGGUUUUCGGACUGGACCGGUGCUGGCGAUGCCCCUGCGGUAUAGCUGCGCCAGCUGGCGAGGGGCGUGUGGUGCCGGCGGCCUUAAGGGGGAGCCUGAGCGGCAGCGGGCACAGGCAGACACCCCGAGCUGCACAGAGCGCUGUGGAGAACGGGAGCUGACCCCGCGCUGAGGAGACCCUGCCGCAAGCCCACCAUGCCCCUCGGCCUCUCCCGGCGCCUCCUCCUGGCCGCACUGUUGCUGGCCGUCGCAUGGACCCUCUUUGGGCCCUCGGGGGUGGGCGAGGAGCUGUUGAGCCUCUCACUGACUGCACUGCUCCCGGCCCCUGCCUCCCCCGGUCCACCGCUGGCCCUGCCCCGCCUCCUGAUCCCCAACCGGGAGGCCUGCUUGGGUCCCGGGGCCCCGCCCUUCCUGCUGAUCCUGGUGUGCACGGCGCCUGAGAACCGGAACCAAAGGGAUGCCAUCCGGGCCACUUGGGGCAGCCAGCGUCAGGCGCAAGGCCUGCGGGUGCAGACGCUCUUCUUGUUGGGGGAGCCUCGCGGGCAGCACCCCGCCGACAGUCCCCACGGGGACCUAGCCCAGGAGUCGGCAGUACAGGGCGACGUGGUGCAGGCCGCCUUCCGAGACGCGUACCGCAACCUCACCCUCAAGACCCUGGUGGGGCUCAGCUGGGCCAGCACACACUGCCCCACCGCCCGCUACGUCCUCAAAACAGACGACGACGUGUACGUCAACGUCCCCGAGCUGGUGUCUGAACUACUGCGCCGAGGGGGCCCGUGGGAGCCCCGCCAAGAGGCUGCAGCCAGCAGGGAGCAGCAGGAGGACAGCAAGCCCGUGCCGCUUCUGUACCUAGGCCGAGUGCACUGGUGGGUGAAGCCUUCCCGGGCGCCAGGAGGCCGGCACCUGGUCUCAGAGGGGCAGUGGCCUCCGGCCUGGGGCCCCUUCCCACCCUAUGCCUCUGGCACCGGGUACGUGCUGUCCGCAUCUGCCGUGCAGCUCAUUUUGAAGGUGGCAGCCCAGGCACCCGCGCUGCCCCUGGAGGACGUCUUUGUUGGGGUGAGCGCAAGGCGGGGAGGCCUGGCCCCCACCCACUGUGUCAAGCUGGCCGGUGCCACCCACUACCCCAUGGACCGGUGCUGCUACGGGAAAUUCCUGCUGACCUCGCACAGACUGGACCCUGGGCAGCUGCGGGAGGCCUGGGAGCUGGUGCAUGGGACGGGUGGGGAAAGGUCCAGUCCCUUUUGCUCCUGGCUCCAGGGAGCCUUGGGCAUUCUGCGGUGUCGGCUUCUGGCCUGGCUGGAUAGCUGAGUGACUGAGACCAGGGGAGCAGCUGCAGGUUGGCCAGCAACCCCAGGCUCAGGCCAGGGGCCCUGGAGCUACAGCCUGCCCAUGUCCUCAUGCCAGCCACCAGUCUGUCCCAACAGAGGACACGGGAAGAAAGCAGCCUGCCCACUCACCCCGAGGUCAGACUCCAGGAAGAAAGAUGCUGUUCUCUCCAGCCAGGCUGGGACUCGAACCCCUCAAUAAACUUGAUUAUCCAACUGCA